CCGACACCCGCAUAUGCAGCCGCAGGCAAGUCUAGCUGUCAUACUCAUGCUUAUCAAGGUCUUCUUGAAUUUAUCGGCUUGCCGACAGGAAUGGCAAUGAAGAAAGGACUUUUCCUUGGGCCAAUUGAGAGAAGAGAACUGGCCCAAUCCCGAAAUCCAGGUAGGGUUAGUCAGAUACACCAGCUAGAGAGACGAACCAUACCGAAAAACUCUAUCAUGGCUUUGCUAGAGACUCUUUUGCAAGUUCCCCAAAUCGAGUUUUCUGCAGAAAACUUGGUUGACGAUUAG